GCUCCAGCCAACAGGGAGGAGAUGCAGCCUGGGGAGCAGCAGGCAGGCCGGGACCUGCUCACGCUUCCUCGCCCCGCCUCCGAGCAGGACUCGGGCGGGGGAGGGGGGCAGCUGGCCACUCAGAGCGACGCACGCCCAUCACAAGGCGCACAAGCUGGCCUGUGUGCAAGCUCCUUCAGACAGCUACCGGCCCCUCGGGAAGCUCGGCGCCCCUGAGCUGGACUAGGCGGCCAGGUCAGGGGCAUGAGGCCUCUUCACAUGCCCCUCAGGGAAACCCCGGUCCCGCCGGCGGAGCGCCUGGGGGUACAGAUGCCCAGGAAGGCUCACUGCUAGGCCAAGACAGAGACUGAACUGAGAGCAGUGUGGCGCCUCUACGGCCAUCCCCAACCCCGAGUUGAGGGUCCAGGGAGGAAAGGCAGACCCGGAGCUUUGGGGCGCGCCAGCCUUUCUCUGGAAUGACUCCAUACACGCCUCCCCUGUCUGCAGCCAUGGAAAUUAAUCCCAUGGUCACCUCAGCCUCUGACAGCCUCAGGGCAGUGGGGGGCCCAAACCAUUCGUCCCAGGGCCAGAGCACCUCCCACGCAACACCGGGCCUUAAGCACUUCUCCUCCUGGCCCCAACCCGCGAGGCGGGGCCCAGGAUCCCCACACUGCAAGUGAGGUCACCUGAACCGACGAAAGUUGGAGGAACUUGUCCCAGAGAGGUUGGAUUUCUCCUCUGGCCUACCUCCAAAGCCCACACAAAGCCUGUGCAAGUCGCCUCCCUGUGGGCCUUAGCUUCCUGGGCUGAAACGGACACGAUUCUAGCGCUGCCUACCUGACCAGCAGGCUGCAUGAACGCGAACCCGUCCACACGGAGGCCCCGGAAGUCCGAGCCUCACCUUCCGCCUCGCGCAGUCGAUCGAAUCCGGUCCACCGGGGCACUGUGCGAGUGCCUGUGAGGAAUGAGAAGCAGCCUUCUCCAGGGGGCAAUUCCCAGAGCACCUGGACCCAGAGGACCAGAAGAGGAGGAAGCGGGGAGGCAAGCCUGCCUCCAUGAAGUCCUCCGGGGCCAGGCCGGUCCAGCCCACCCAGGGCCAGUGAGUCUCCUCCAGGAAGCCCUCCCAGACCAUCACUCAGGUCCUUCUAGCUGCUUGGCCUUGAACUCUGGGUAGGCUUCACCCCUCCUUGGCAAUUUGACUAGGGCAACUCCCUUUCCUGUCUGUUAAAUAGGAGCCUGGGACCCAGCCUAGACAGACUGGUAAAGUAGCCAUGGGUCAUGGGCCCCUUCCAGGGGCUCUUCCUUCCAGCUUGUGCGGGGGCAAAGGCAGCCCAGGGGUAAGAAAUGAGGCCUGGGUGGCCGCCUGCAACCCCCACUGGAAUCUUUCCUGCCCCUCCCUCCCUUCCAGAUUAACCGAAACCUGCUAAUUGUGGCAGUCCUCUGUAUGCUCCCCUCCCCCACUGCUAUAUUCCACCCUCCCUUUGCCUCUCCUCCCCUCCCCCUUCCAUCCGAAUGAUAAAGGGCCCAGCCCGCCUGCCCCCACCCGGCCUCAGGCCCAGGCUCUCCCUCCCCACACUGCCCAACUGCCCUGCACCCUCCACGGGGCCAGGCCCUGUCCUCGUUGCUGGCCUCCCCUUCAUGGGGCCCUGCAGCAACCCACGCCUGGGGCACCCCGGGACGGACUCGCCCUCCCAGGCCCCAAAGAGGAGGAAGAAGCGAUACCUUCGGCACGACAAGCCCCCCUACACCUACUUGGCCAUGAUUGCCCUGGUGAUCCAGGCGGCACCUUCCCGCAGGCUGAAGCUGGCCCAGAUCAUUCGUCAGGUCCAGGCCGUGUUCCCCUUCUUCAGGGAUGACUACGAAGGCUGGAAGGAUUCCAUCCGCCACAACCUCUCCUCCAACCGAUGCUUCCGCAAGGUGCCCAAGGAUCCUGCGAAGCCCAAGGCCAAGGGCAACUUCUGGGCCGUCGAUGUGAGCCUGAUUCCCGCCGAGGCGCUGCGGCUGCAGAACACAGCCCUGUGCCGGCGCUGGCAGAACAGGGGUACCCGGGGGGCUUUCGCCAAGGACCUGGGCCCCUACGUGCUGCAUGGCCGGCCCUACCGACCUCCCAGGCCGCCCUGCGAGGGCUUCAGCAUAAAGUCUCUGCUGGGGGACUCCGGGGAGGGGGCGCCAAGGAGCAGCCCAGAUCCGGCAGGUUCCCUGACUAGGAAGGAAGAGGUAGUGCCCACACCACCCCUGCCCUCUGAGAGGCCUCUGUGGCCCCUCUGCCCCCUCCCAGGGACCAUGAGAGCCGAGGGGGAGACUUCCCAGGUGGGAACCAGCAGGCCCUCGCCCCUCUCCCCUGAGCCCAGAGCCUGGCCUCUCCACUUACUGCAGGGUACCCCAGACCCUGGGGGACUGUCCAGUGGGGGUCGCAGGGCCUCACUUUGGGGGCAGCUACCCACCUCCUAUUUGCCCAUAUACACCCCCAACGUGGUAAUACCUUUGGCCCCAUUACCACCCACCUCCUGCCCCCAGUGCCCAUCCUCAACCAGCCCAGCCUACUGGGGGGCCCCUGAACCCCACAGCCCCCCGGGGCUGCUCUGGGACCUAGAUGCCCUCUUCCAGGGGGUGCCACCCAACAAGAGCAUCUAUGAUGUGUGGGUGAGCCACCCCCGGGAGCUGGCUGCCCCCACCCCAGGCUGGCUACUCUCCUGGUACAGCCUGUGAGGCUCCAGGCCAGGGACUGCUUUCCUCUCCCACUCCUGCCUGCCACCAUUGGCUUGU